UAAGAACGCUACCGCGAUGCAAGACGCACACUGUUAUAAAAGGGGGCUGCAGUCCAAACAAAAGAGCGAGUUAUUCGACAGCAACCGAACGGUACGGACGUGCGCGUCUCCAUUGCAAGAGCCCCAAGCGUAACUCAGUGACUGUUGUGCCCGUGUUCCAAACGCAAGAAGAAGCCAAGCAAGUUGUGCAACCAGGAAGCAAAUAACACCCCGAAUAUCAAGUUCAACUUGCCUGUUUCUGCCCAACCCGUCACACGCAACAUCCAAAAGCAAAGACACAACAAUGUCGGACGAUUACGAUAAGUACGACUUCGAGAUGGAGAAGCACAUCCACUCGGGGCACAGUGGCAAGCAGCGAAGCAAGAAGGAGGCUAGCGACCAUACCAACCACAACGAUCCGAGCGGCCAUUCGCGUAAGAUUGUGACCAAGCUGAAAAACACGGAACAGAACAAGAAGACGACCCCGAAGUAGUCUGCCCAGUGGAAAGGCAGGAGAUCUCAGUGCGCGUACGGUCACCGUCAUCCACCGCCAGCCACCACCAGCCACCGUCCCUCCUCGCUUAAGGGUGCAUCCAUCAUUUAACCGCGGUUCUGCUAUUUUUGCGUCCUCUUGUGUCUCCAACCCACGCACACACACACACACACCCACACAGACACGCAUUCCGCCGUCCCUUUCGGAAGCGUAACGCGUGCGCGGCUCAGGCGCCUCGGAUCGGAUUCGUGUACGGUGUGUGCGGAACCACCACAAAUACCGAUACGCAAUAGAGAAUGACCCUGUGCUGCAACACAACAUCAUCGUUUCGUGUUGUUUUUGGGGAGAGCAGCAAGCAGCUUUGGCGGAACAACGAGGGUGUGAUGGAGACCCUUCGUUUGGAGAACCUUCGGUGGUUGAGGAGGAGGUACUGUAAGGGCCGUAUGCCGUCGUCCUUACGUCUAGUUAUUAAAGAAGAAGGCUAAAGCUGCCACCAACCGCCGCAACUCACCACUCCCCCCCUUUGCACUGUGUGCGAGAGCGGGCCCGAGUGUGCGGAACUAAAGAGGUGGCCGGACCCAGCGCUCCAACUUUGUUUUAUGAAUAUAAUUAUCUGUACCUUGUGUGUGUGAUCAAUUAUUAGCUGCAAGUUAUGUACUAGUAAUAAAUAAAGAAGGAUAUGCUUAUCAAAAUC